AUGCGGCAGUGUUUAAAGACUUCUGUGAUGAUUGCCGGGUGGAGUCGACGUUUUUACAUCCGCCGACCCUCCGCAGCCGCUGCCCGCCUCGCCGCCUCUCAUUUGAGUCUCUCAAGUCUCUCUUCCGAUUUUGUGGAUUUGGGCCUGGACGAGGAGGAGAAAGAUGGGAGAAGUGUUCACAGCGGCGGAAAAGAGGAAUCCGUGCUUGGCGUUAUUCGGGAGCCGGAGGUCCCGGAAGGGCAGGAGUACUCAAGACUUAAUAUACCACUCACACAAUCACGAAAGGAGAGAAUGGAACUGCGUCCGAAUAGCCGUAGUGCUGUUUCUCCACUUGAUGGAUCAAUUUGUGUAUUAAAUAAUAAUAAUAAUAAUAAUAAUAAUAAUAAUGGGGUUAGUACAAUGGAUAAUACUGGCAAUAGCAACAAUGGUAGUAGUAGUAGUAGUGGUAUUGGUGCUUCUGUUAAUAAUGAUCAUGAUGUUAGUGGUGAGGACCAACCGCUUCCAUAUGAUGAUGAGAUUUUUGCCGAGAUGAUUCUUGGAAUGGAAGUGGAUGGAGCCAUUGAUGAAACUUGGCAAGAUGCCGAUAAAGCUCUUAUAGAAGAUGUUGAAGAAAUUGUAGAAGUAUUGCGUUCCCUUAAAGUUCGCGAUAUUUGUGCCAUAGAUGUUUCAUCUAAAACGAGUAACUUUGAUUAUAUGAUAUUUGGAUCUUGUGAGGGACCAAGACAUAUUCACUUGGCGGCAUGGGCAGUGCAGGAGGCGGACUCUCAAAAGCGAAUUUCAAAGAUUAAACGCAAACAGUCAGAUCACACAUGGGAGGCGAUACCAGUGGGUCGGAUAAUAGUAAAUCUUAUGCAAGAAUCUCUUCGAGAGGAACUUUCACUAGAGCGUAAGUGGACCGUAACGAAAUCUAUGGAUCCACUUAAUAUGGCAAAUGCCCCAGUAAGUGAAGGACGACAAGUACGAGCUCAUGGAUUAUGGACAUUGACUCUAAAUUUACAGGAUUUAGAAGAUUUUGAAGUUGAUUAUUGCAAGGAUACUUUGAUGCGACAGCUAUAG